UGUGUGCGUGCCACCAGCCUCUGCGUCUCUCGGGCACAGAAUAGAAAAGUUGGGGUAAAGUCUGAGUCAGCUCCAGGAGCGACCAGACACUCACAGCUACUCCCUCCACAGUACCAGUCCUCUCUCUCUCUCUCUCUCUCUCUCUCUCUCUCUCUCUCCCUUUUUUUUUUACUGCUCUCUCACUCAUUCACAGCCUCUCUCUUUCACACACAUACACACACACACGUGAGCACACACAUACACACACACACACACACACACACACACACCACUCCUGGCAGAGGGAAGACAGGACCACAGGAGAACUGUUACACACCUUUACAACCAGAUAGUCACUGAACGCCAGACGCUUUGCCCAGGAUGUGGAUUCUUCUCUUGGGGGUCACCUUUGGAUUACUGGCCUCGUCCAGGUCAGAGCAACUUCAAGUGAAUUCUCGGAGCUGCAGCUAUGCCGGAGUAUUCCUGGUUGAGGGACCAUCCCGUCACUCCCUCACCUUCUCCAUGGCUGAAAAGGUGUGUGAGCAGCUCAAGACCACUCUGGCAAGUCAAGAGCAAGUCGAGGAGGCCUACGUUAAAGAAAUGGAAACCUGCAGGUACGGCUGGACCAACAAUGGGAGCACCGCCAUCCUCAGACACUCGCACCAUGAAAACUGUGCAAAGAACUUGAGCGGCUUCAUUGUUCAUCGACCCACUGGAGCUGAUGAAGAAGUUGAUGCCUACUGCUAUGAUGACAAAGUUGGGCCUGAGAAGAACUGUGAAAAAGCAUUCGCUCGACAUUUACCCUCAGAUGAACCAGCCGAGCCCUCACCACUGCCUCAGGGCCCAACAAUAUCAGGCGAAGCAGACUCAGGGUCCACUCUCCAGUCACAACCCAAGGAUACGGCUGACAUUGAGGGGGGUGACACCACGGUAGCUCUCUGGAAAAUUGAAUUGACCACCAUAGUCACCACCCCUCCGACAGAAGUGAGUGAGAACAGCACGGGGGGGUUCAUUUUCACUCUGGCGGACCUCGACCAGCCCAUUGGAUCUGGGAUGACGCCAGGCCUCCCUGAGGAGGAGGGAGCCUCUCCGACGGCCCCUGUUGGAGAAACAGAGAAACCACAAGCUCCCGCUGGAAAAGAGGAGGAGACUGGGGGCACAAGCGAUGACGCCACCAAAGAGCCUCCACAACAACCAAAUGACAAAGGACAGGUCCGGAGUCCUGUUGAUCCGAAAUCUGACCCAAAGGAGAGCCGCAGUUCACUGGACUGGCUGGUAAUCAUUGGGGUGAUUGUGGCAGUUGCUGCUAUUCUUUUAGUAUGUGCAGUUGUUGCCAAAAGAAACAGUUUGUGCAGCAAACGACAGACGCUGAUGAUCACGUCCAAGGAUGGCGGCGAGGGGAACGGCGCCGCAGCACUGGCAUCCAGCUCCCAGGAGCGAGAGCAGGAGAUGGUGACCCUCAUGAACAAGGAGAAGAUCCAGGAGAACGGCAACACCGAGGAGUUCACCGUCAUCACGCUAGAGGAGUCGCCGGAUAAAGAGCAGCAGGCGUGAGACGGGAGUCGUGGAGUUUGAAGGCGAAGAGGGAGAGCGCGAGGAGAAGAUGGAGAGAGUAUAUACAGACGUGGGUUGGGGGCUUCAAACACUGGAACCACUUCGGUGAUCAGCAAUGAAUGGACGCUGAGUGAGGGUCUAUGUGUGUGUUACUAUAGAACGAUUGUCUAACUUAAGUGUUUUGGGUCUGAAGCUGUUGCCUCUCAGAGGGGACCAGGUCUUUUCAAACCAACAUGUGCAGCCGUUAGUUUGUGUGGUGUCCCCAGAUGGUGACCCUCAUGUGGUGACCCUUGAGUGGCGGUCAAAAGAGGGCCGUGCACGGUGGGGUGUCAUGCGUCGGUGCGUAGCAGGGUGUGCGAGCGCGUUUCGUGUCCUGUUCUUUGUGUUUGCGAGAGUUGUGCGUUUGCGUGUCGAUGACGGGACUGGAGAGGCAUGGGUUUAAAAGGGAGGGGGGUGGGUAGAGGAGGGCGUCAUUUGUGACGAACAUGUUAAUUACAGAUUAUUCUCUUUGUAAUAGAAUUGGUGAAUCCUAAACUGUAGGAAGUCGAUGAUGAAAACUGUGUUAUUUUAUUUGAGAAAAAAAAAAAGAAGAAUUUUCAUGUGUUUUGUUUUAUUCGUUUGCUGAAUGUUGUAACCUUGUGUAUAUUUCAGACGUCGCCUGUGGACUGAAGCUUGUUUUUAUUCCAUUUUCAAGAAAACCUGAGGAGUUCUACCUUAAUACCUUAAUUUAUGCAUCUUUAAGUCCCCUUUUCCUUGGUCUCUGUAUAUAAAGUACAUGUUUGGAAAUGCCUUAGCAUUAGAUGCCCAUGCUUUUUUUUAUUUUUGGCAGGAAGGGGCUUUAUAUCCUCUUUAAGUAGAAGAAUGUGUUCAUUUUGAGAUUUAUUCAAUCAGAAAAAGUACCUCUGAAGUAAAAAUGGAUUUUGCAAUAUUGCAGUGGGUAUUGCAUGAAUCAGCUCGAGCAUUCAAGAAAUGUGCAAUUUGUGCAAGUUAAUAUGGUAUAAAUUUACAUCGAGUCCCUGAUGUUAUCCUGAGGAUAAGCAGAAUGAUAAUCAUGAUGUAUAUGAAAACACAGUGUGUACUUUGAUUUGGGGGGGAAAUGAGCAAAAGAAAGAUUUGGAUUGUAUCUGUAGCAGAUUGAUCAUUUUGUAAAUGUGAGAUUAUUAACUUGAAUGCUAAAUAUCAUAUAUGAUAUUCAGCAUGAACUAAAUAUUACACGAAGGGGGAGCCCAUGUGCUGCAAACACUUGACAAUGUAAAAGACUUCUCAUGAGAUUCUAUUGAAAUGUCUCUGAUUGGAGAUGGGUGGGUGGGUGGUGGGUGGGGGAAUGAAGCCUGUGUUCUGGUCUCAACAAACCACUCACAUGGAAAUGCUGCAGUUUUUGCGACUGACCUUCUCAUUGGCUAAAUAUAACAUACAUUGUGUCAUUGUGUAAUCAGUUUUAUUCCCAGUGUGACAGCUUUUUUUUUUUUUUUCUGGUGUAAAAACUGAACUGUAAACAGAUUUUUUGUUUCUGACUUGUUUCGUUGUCGCUCCUGCUUUUUGCUCUUUUAUCAUUGACUCCGACGGGAAGUAGCAGACGUAGUCGUGUAGGCAGGUUUCAUGACCAAUUAACAAAAAAGAUGUUGCUGGUUAAGAAAAAAAAAAAAGCUUUGUGAAGUCAUGAACGAAAUAAACGUGUAUAGAAAGAGA